CAUUGAUACAUGUAACUAGCAACGAUGCGCGCGAUCGGAAAAUACUCUUCAAUAAAACGCUGAGACGGCAGAGCGACUCCAGUCGAAUCGAACCGAUCGUAAACAAAGCAAGGCCGCAAAGUCGGAUCGCGCGUAAUUCGUACAGUUCAUUGCGAGACGAGAAACCAUCUGGUUGUUAUAAGCGGCCGGGAAAACGCACGCUUGCAACGCGAUACGGCAAUUAUAAAUUUUUAAUCUUAUUUAUGGAUUUUUUUGUUGAAAGUCGCGAUUAGGGCGGUGAGUUUGCAAUUUUCUCAUCUACAAAUAUUUCAAAAAUGCGCACAUGCACGAGCAUUACGCUACAGCUGCUGCAUCUCUUGCACUUGCUGGCAUUCCAUCUGUCAACUGCCAGUGCAGCGCGCAGUAUGAAUCGCCAGCAAUUGAAGACAAUCGAGCGAUAUAUGGAUCCGAGCGCAGAUCCCUGCAAUGACUACUACCAGUAUGCGUGCGGCAAUUGGCAGUAUGUGCACGCAGACGCCGAAUAUUACGAAACAAUCGGGCUCAUAGAUUACAAAGUCGAUCAGGAAUAUGCCCAAUUAUUGAACAGCGUACGCCGACGGCGCCGCCUCCGCAUGGAACACACAUUUGUGCGCAAGCUACUCGACUACUACAAGUCCUGUUUGACAGUGUACGCAUAUACACCACAGCUUUACUUGGAUUGGCUGCAGGAGCACGAACAGCUGAUAUGGCCAACGGUAUUACCGAGUGCGAGCCCCACACGUCGCGCGGGUAAGCGACAUGGCAAAGGCAAGGUAGUGCAUUACGAUUGGCUGAACAUGUUGGCGGUGCUGCGUAAGUAUGGAAUGAAUGCAGUGUUCAUUGAGGAGACGGUCAUACAACGACGCGAUAAUGCACGCGCCUCUGCCAUAGACUUGGACAAGCCUGUGCUGAAUGGUGGAUUUCAGCCAAUGCCGCAUAAGGGUUUUGAAUUGAUUAUGGAAUAUUUGCGUGUGACAGAUGAGCAACGCAAGGCCACUCUGUGGGAUGCAUUGCACGAAUUUGAGGCGAAGCUGAAGAGUUUAGACUUUGUGGAGGACACCACCGAAGAGGGUGAGGAAAGUGCGUCGGCACAACGUGAAACGACUUUAGCAGAAUUGAAUAUGCCAUUUCUUACACGCUACUUGGACAUUAUACUGGAGCGUCCGGUGGAUCCUUAUAUGAAGCUAACAAUACAAAAUCUGCCAUAUAUGAGGCUACUGCUCACCGUGCUGGAUGAGCAUGAACCGGAAUUCAUCUGCCGUUACUUAAUGCUGCGUUUUCUUUGGUACCUGAAUAUUGAUGGACCGCGCAACUUCCUCAAAGGCGAUUGUGUCUCACAUACGCGCAGCAUGAUGCCACUUGCCAUGACCUGGUUAUAUGAACGCCAGAAUCCCGAACUUAUCGAUGAGAAGUCACACAUUGAAAUGCUUUUCCGUAAAAUGUUGCAGCACUUCACCCAAACACUGCACAACAAUGCUAAUCAGUUCGAUGCACACAUCCUGCGCUUCUUGCAGGAUAAAAUCGAUACGAUGCGCAUUAAAGUAGGUAAUUUGCCACGUCCCGCCACCAGUCGUCAAGUGGAGACAUUCUAUGCAGAACUGGAAAUUGAACCUAGAGAAUUUUAUGCAAAUCAUUUGCGUCUACUACAACACUUCACACGCGCCAAGCACAAGCGACUCGAAGAGCUGCUCGUACAAGAUGACUCAUUCUUUCACCUUGAAGAUCCCGAAACUGGCGCUAGCUCCUCACCCUACUACCUGCUGCGCUCAAAUGUUGUAAUUGUACCACUCACACUACUACACACGCCCAUCUAUCAUCCACAGUUGCAUGAGAUUUUCAAAUAUAGCUCGCUGGGCUUCCUGUUGUCUCACGAGAUCACACACGGUUUCGAUGACAGCGGUGUUGAGUUCGAUAAGCGUGGCAAUAUGCGUGGCCCCUCCGAUCGCAUCAAAUCGAAUCGAAUAUUCGAUUCGAAUCUGAAUUGCUUGCGUUCGCGUAAUCCACAAAUUGUCGAUGAGAAAAUCGCCGACGUGAGCGGUUUGCGUUGGGCGUACGAGGCCUAUUUCAAUAGCAUCAAUGCCAGCAGCAACGCUAAUGCCCGCCCACUGCACUUUACCAGCCUAUCGCCGGAGCAUGUGUUUUUUCUUAAUUUCGCACAAUUCUUCUGCGGUUCACCGGCGACCAGCGCACGUGAGUUGGAGUUCAGCGAACAUGGCUCGGAUAAGGAGCGUGUUUUGGAUGCAUUAGCGAAUUUCGCUGAAUUCGGACGCGUCUACGAUUGCCCAAUGGGCAGCCGCAUGAACCCGCAACGAAAGUGUCAACUUUGGAGAUAGCAGCAGACAAACGUAUGACUGAAACAACGACAAGUAAUUUAGAGCUGCAAAAUAUGGGCGCUUGUGUGGGUUUUGGUGUGUGUGUGUGUUAAAACGAAAUCAAUGUAUAAAUAGGUGUAAGUGAUCGCGCGUGAAUGUUGAUACUCGUGUUAGCUAACUAAAUUAUUAAGCUGUAAAUAAAAUAAUUUUAGGUAUAAUUAAAAAUUAAUUAAUAUUUAAAUGUGAAAUAUUGAAACUAACGCUUAAAGUGCAUAAAUUCUCAGAAAAUACUUAAAUUUAAUAUUCGCCAAGUAUGUGUGUGAGUGUGUGUGUAUUUUAUUUUGUCGGUAGUGAAAACUGUAAGCUUGUAAAUAAUCUAUAAUACCCCACGUUUUAAGAUGUAAUAAUUCGCUUUCAAUAAACAAAAAGUUGGUACAAUCAAAUCAUACAAUCACAAGUGUCUUAUCAGUUUAUUUAACCGCCUCAUGCCAGCGCAAUCUUCUAUGCAUUCCAAUUCCAUUGAAGAUGAAACGUCUGAAUGGUUUUGAAACAGUUUCCUGGUAUAAUAUCAGUGAGUGUAUGUGCGUAUAUAUGCAUUACAUGUGUGUACAAUAUUUUGUUGAUGCCGUUUUUUUACUACACACGACUGGACCUAAUAACCUCCAACAUUAGUUUUGUUUGAUUUAUUUUCAUAAUUUUUUCGCCAUGAAAUGCCAAACUAAAAAAUAGCACGACAGACUGAUUUACUUUUAUGAAAUAGAACGAAAAAAACUAUAGUGAUCCGAUGAAGAUGAAGCUGCUGUUGCAAGCCAACAACUGAAGCUAAGUUAUUAGUUAUUAAUUCAGUGCUUUUAUAAGUGCAUUUGAUUGUUUUUUUUUUUGUAUGGAACAAAACGAACUAUUGUAUUCUCAUUAGAGAAGCUAGUAUUAGCGGAGAGUUGUACUAUCGAAACUUCGGGAUAUUUUUAAAUUAAGUUCGGGACCAGACAUUCACGCCAGGAUGCAACUUGGGGCUGCAUUUUUAAUAUGAGAGCUAAUAAGUCAUCCGAUCCAAGUAUCAUAAUUUGCGCAUUGUCGUAAAUGUGUCUAAAAAUUGGUUUAUUUGUAGGCUUGAGUGUAAAAAACUGAAAAAAUUUAAAAAAAUGGAAGCGAAACUACAAAUUCA